AUGGGGGUAGCUGGCGCUGAACCUAGAGUGAUGGGCUGGCAGGUGGGGCCGUUGUCGGAUCGCCUUGACGUGGUGCCGGGCUGUUCUCGGCCAUUUGACCUGGCUACCCCGGGCCAGCGCCUAGCAGGUCAGACCACCGACUCCGCGGGUCGCCGAGGGCCCAAGGGCCCCGCCGUGAGCCGAAGGCAAUGGACGAACAGAGCGUGUUUUAUUUGUAAGCAGAAGACAUCUCUAACCCAAGAAACAGAGCUGUUGGAAUCCUUACAGGAGGUGGAGCACCAGUUGUGGUCUUGUAGUAAGAGUGAGUUGAUAUCUAUGAGCUCAGAAAUCCUCAUGAUGUCACAAGUUCAUCGAAAGCCGAUGGCAUCCUUUGUUACCACUCCUGUUCCACCAGACUUUACCAGUGAAUUAGUACCAUCUUACGAUUCAGCUACGUUUGUUUUAGAGAAUUUCAGCACUUUGCACCAGAGAGCAGAUCCUGUUUACAGUCCACCUCUUCAAGUUUCAGGCCUUUGCUGGAGGUUAAAAGUUUACCCAGAUGGAAAUGGAGUUGUUCGUGGUUACUAUUUAUCUGUGUUUUUGGAACUCUAAGCUGGCUUGCCUGAAACUUCCAAAUAUGAAUAUCGUGUAGAGAUGGUUCACCAAUCCUGCAAUGAUCCUACCAAAAAUAUCAUUCGAGAAUUUGCAUCUGAUUUUGAAGUUGGAGAAUGCUGGGGCUAUAAUAGAUUUUUCCGUUUGGACUUACUUGCUAAUGAAGGAUACUUGAAUCGACAAAAUGAUACAGUUAUUUUAAGGUUUCAGGUACGUUCACCAACUUUCUUUCAAAAAUGCUGGGACCAGCACUGGUAUAUUACCCAGUUGGAAGCUACACAGACUAGUUAUAUCCAACAAAUAAACAACCUUAAAGAGAGGCUUGCCAUUGAGCUGUCUCGAUCUCAGAAAUCAAGAGAUUUGUCACCACCAGCUAAUCAUCUCAGCCCCCAGAAUGACGAUGCUCCUGAGACACGAGCUAAGAAGUCUGGGUCAUGCUCGGACAUGCUUCUUGAGAGUGGUCCUACUAUACUUUCUGUAAGAGAGGCCAAAGAGGAUGAAGAAGAUGAGGAGAAGAUUCAGAAUGAAGAUUAUCAUCAUGAGCUUUCAGAUGGAGAUCUGGAUCUGGAUUUUGUUGGUGAAGAUGAAGUAAAUCACCUCGGUGGCAGCAGUUCCUCUGCUAGUUCCACAGCAACAAGUAAUACAGAAGAGAAUGACAUUGAUGAAGAAACUAUGUCUGGAGAAAAUGAUGUGGAAUAUAACAACGUGGAAUUGGAGGAGGGAGAACUGAUGGAAGAUGCAGCUGCUGCGGGACCUCCAGGUAGUAGCCAUGGCUAUGUGGGCGCCAGUAGCAAAAUGUCAAGAAGAGCACAUUUAUGCUAUAUUUAUAAUACAGAAGAGAAUGACAGUGAUGAAGAAACUAUGUCUGGAGAAAAUGAUGUGGAAUAUAACAACAUGGAAUUGGAGGAGGGAGAACUGAUGGAAGAUGCAGCUGCUGCGGGACCUCCAGCCAUAAAUAAGAAGAGUAAUUCACCGAAGCCAGCUCGGUCCAGUAUAGCAGGCAGUCUAUCACUUCGAAGAGCAGUGGACUCUGGGGAGAACAGUCGUUCAAAAGGAGAUUGUCAGACCCUGUCUGAAGGCUCCCCAGGAAGCUCUCACUCUGGGAGUAGGCAUAGUUCUCCCCGAGCCUUGACACAUGGGACUAUUGGUGAUAUUCUGCCAAAAACUGAAGACUGACAGUGUAAAGCUUUGGAUUCAGAUGCCGUUGUGGUUGCAGUUUUCAGUGGCUUACCUACUGUUGAGAAAAGGAGGAAGAUGGUCACCUUGGGGUCUAAUGCUAAAGGAGGCCACCUAGAAGGAAUGCAGGUGACUGAUUUGGAAAAUAAUUCUGAAACUGGGGAGUUACAACCUGUACUGCCUGAAGGAGCUUCAGCUGCUCAGGAAGGAAUGAGUAGCGACAGUGACAUUGAAUGUGACACUGAGAAUGAGGAGCAGAAAGAGCACACCUGUGUGGGUGGAUUUCACGACUCUUUCUUGGCACAGCCCCCAGAUGUAGGUGCAAACCGUGGUGUCAUUUUACGCAGAGUAAUAAAAACGUCGCUGCUGCUGCUUUUUCCUCUGCUGCUGCUGCUUGUUACUCUGCUCUGCUGCUUUCGCUGCUUCUGCUUCUUUUUCUUUAAAUUGUCAUUUGUGAGACAACAUUCUUUGGUAAACCAUGUGGUGAGUACAGAAUAAAUUUGGUAGGUAAUGUU